AUGUCUAGUUAUUUUGAAUUUAUACCCAGAUGUCAGAAUGGUAAAGAAAAUGAAUCAGGCGAAUGCAAAUGUUUGCCAUGUUGGAGAGGAACAUCAUGUGACCAAAAAGCUAACAAAGCACCGAUAUUUGAACAAAAGAAACAAUCAGUUUCAUUGGAAACAAAUUACAAAGAAAAUGAGUUAAUUUAUGUCGCUAUAGCUGACGAUCCUGAUUUAAAUGACACUUGUACAGAUGGUGUACCAUGUCCCUGUGGACAGAUUGAAUACAGUAUUUUUUCGGGGAAUGAAGAAGACCUUUUCUCAGUUGAUCCAGAACUUGGUAUUGUUCGUUUAAAUGGCAAGCAACUUCUUGACAUCACUACUGACAGGUAUCAUCUUGUUUUGUUGGCCAAAAAUAUGUUUGUUAAGGAUGCCAUGGACAAGAUGACCCUUGAAAUAAUUGUUAAAAGGGAUUCAUCCAAUCUUUACACCCAGGAAGCUUAUCAAGGAUAUGAAGGUGCUGAUUUUCAUGAAGACAAACACCGCCGAGUAAAGAGAGCAGCAACAGACACUCCAUCCAACAUGACCUUUGAUCUUCAAAAGCUUACUGCCAUUACCGAUAUUUAUGUAGGGCACCGCAUCCAAUUCAAACUAACGAUUCAGUUUCCGGCUGGGACAACAGAUAUGCUUGUAGAGUUGUUUACCCCUGACAACAACACCAUUGUCAUGAUGCUCUGUAACGUUAAAGUGGAGAGGGUUGGCGACAAUCUGGCCUAUACUGGAGCAGGAGACAUUAAGUUGGAGUCCAAGAAUAAUUCAAUCUUUUAUGAUUGGGCUGUAAUUGACUUUGGUAAUGUCACCAACAGUGAUGCAAAUAACGCCGAACAUGACAUAGUCAUUACAUAUGAAGCUGUUAUGAUUCACAACGAUAACACAGUGCAAUCCACUACUUAUUGGAUUAGUGCCGGUGCUGAAUUCAAUGAUGAAAAUGAAGUCUGGAUUGGUCAAGCCUCAGUUAGUCCUGGACCGACACCAGAUCCUUAUGACUAUGCCAAUAAUAAACCUGUGUUUAAAUUCACUGGUCCAACUCAAAUGGAAGCUGGGAGUUCGGCCAUCUUUACCGUUGACAUGACGAUAAAGACUCCAUCAAUUGGACUUGGAUUCGACGCUUUUGCUCCAAUGAAUGAUACAAGUGUGAUGACAAUCUGUGGUGUUCAGAUUCAAGGUGUCGGAGAACACUACUCCUGUGGUUUUGACUAUACGACUGUACCUUCCACUCUUCAUGCAGACGGCCAACCUAAAGGAAAUGCUCGAGGUCAUCUGGACAUUGGUGUCGUAACUAAUAAAGGCAUACGAGACGGAAACGAUUCCCAGGUCCUAAAUCACAUUACAAUUGAGAUUGUGGUAAAGGUCUGGGAGGAUGCCGUGCUCGGCGGGAAUAAUUGGAUUGGUGCAGCUCUAGAACUUGGCUCCGAUCAGAUAUGGUGUGGGCAGUAUGAAGUGACAAUAGUUGCAAAGGCCCUUGGUUUAAUCCCCCUUCCCAGUAUAACUAUUACCCCUCCUGCACCUGUUGAUGUUUCUGUUAAAAAUGCUGCCCAAAUUGAUAUAGAAUUUCUUAUGCCGAUUGGUACCAGCGAUUUUAAAUUAGAUUUCAAAUCACCCGAAAAUAACGGGAAAUCCAUUUUGAAUUUAUGUGCAUUAGUAUUUGUGAGUUCCGGAGAAAACCUUCCCUGUGUGGACAAAGAUAAAGUCGCAGAGUAUGUCACAUUGAGUGGCGAUAAUAGCGCAAAGAACGAGGCCAUUCUGGACCUGGGCGUUGUCACGAAUGUUGGAGAUUGGGGUUAUUUAAACGUUUCUCUCAACGACACAAAGAAUACUAUGAAGUUCAGACUUGUUGUCAAAGGAACGGAUCAUCCUCUAUUUACGGUUUCAUCAGCUCACACAAUUGAAAUUGGAUUGACGAGGAAUGGAAAUAGAGAGUUGAUUGGCAGUGGUAUAGCAACAACUGCCGUGGCAGACCAGAAUUUAACAGAAAUUGCAGUGACGCCCCCCAUGAAUUUGAAAUACAAAUAUUCAUCUGGGAAUGUAAGAUUUAAUGAGGCAGUAACAGUACUGUAUGAAAUAACAACUCCAAAAGAUGAGACCUUCCCCAUGUUUGACAUGGAGUUUAUAGCUCCUAACAGCAGUGAUACACCUAAAGUAUCAAUCUGUCGAGCCGAGGUGCACACCAUUGGUAAAAAUAUCCCUUGCAUGUCUAAAGAUGGAAUCAACAGUAAAUGGCAGUAUCUUUCUCAAUUUAACGGGACAAAAUACGAUCGAGCAACACUAAGUCUUGACUCUGUUUGCAACUUUCAAAUUGAAACCAACGACACGGAAGACAUGUUUGUUUUGGCUGGAGUUUUUAAACUUGAGAAUCAUCUGAGUACAUCAGUUAGUGAUUCUAUGUACCUUAGUGCGGGAAGUAUGUACACUUCAACCAAAAUGUGGGUUGCUCAGUUAACACUUACAGUGGAUGGAUCAGCUCUUCCUGCUCCGGGGACUCCACUUGAAACAUUUGUACUUAAAUCUGAUGAGUUUGCUGCUGGAGCUUCUCCAGUUGGUUAUCCUGGAAAAUACGAACUUACCAUCAAAACUGUACCAGGUGAAACAGUAGAUUUAACAAUAACGAUUGACGCCACCACCAGUACAUCAUUGAGUAUUUGUAAUGUUCGAAUAAAAUCAAAAGGUUACAAUUUACCAUGUGUUGAUACAACAGUCAACAAAGAUGUAGUCAUUUCUGAAGACCCUGUAACUGGUUUGAAGAAUCAAGCUGUCCUUGCUCUUGGCUACGUCACCAAUGUCGGCGAUACACCAUCUGAUGCUGGUAAUUCAACCUUUGAUGAUAAUACAUUACUAUUGGAGAUCACUGUUCAGUCUAAAGCCACAGCAACACCAGGUUCCCUGCCUUUCACAAUCGCGGCUACUAACACAGAUAAGUCUACUGCUACUGCCCAGAACCAUGAUGUUAUUGCUAGUCAGGAUGGCAUUAAUACGAAAUCUGUUAAAAGUUUUAACAAGGAACUGUUUAAAUAUUGUUUCAGGUUUGGUACAUACAAUGAUGUUGGUACGCUGGAUAUUGGUUAUGCCUGUAAUAUUGCGGUUGAUACAGAAAAUGCAGAAGCUAACAGAAUCCGAGUGGAAGCGUAUGUGAGGAUGUUAAACAACGAUACCUUGACUGAUGGGAUGACCGUAUCAUUAAACGCAGCAGUAAAUUUCAACGAUCAACAAAUCUUUAUUUCACAAAAGCAACUGACUGUUAAAUCAGUAGAAAAUUUUAGCGAUUUGAUGAUGGAUAACCUAACUUUAAGCAAUACCAGUGUCAUCAGUUUAAACAGCACUUUUCCUUCUCCAAUUCCAAUGACAAUUGCUGAGGUUCAAAUAUUACCAAUUCUUGUCAGCAUUCCACCAUUUACCGUAUCAAAAGUUCAGUUUGACGUAGAUCUGCCUGUGACACCCACGUCGGCAUCAAUAACCUUCAAGAGCCUGAAAAUUGUAGGUUCCGGGCCCAACACGUGUAAAUAUGGCUAUGAAGAAGAUUUUAAAAUCACCACAGUGUCAAGUCAAAAUACAACUCAGAUUAAUAAAGUCUAUGUUGAUAUGGGUAUUGUUUCAAAUAUAGGUGUAACACACCGGCAGAACAUAGCCACUCCAGAAGAUGACAUAAUUUAUAUGGAACUAGAGGUACAGUUGGCGGACAGUACAGCAAAUGAUCAUAACGCUGAGCUAUGGAUUGGACUCGGCACGAAAGUUACCACGAUUAUCGUCAUAUCGGAAUAUAAAGUCCUAAUAACCAGAACUGGCACGGAACAACCCGAAUUCAACUUGACAGCAACCUACGACUCAGUGAAUUCCACAAGUACACUUGUUGAGGUAGACAUCAAACUAGAACAUGCUGAAACAUCAACAGCAGAAAUGCAGAAUACAAUACUCAAGCUGAAUGUCCCACCGUAUUUAACAUAUAAAGAUGUUCUCUCUGUAAACCCUACAGCACCUGCAUAUACAUCCAACAUAAUUGAUGAUAACGCUGUUGAAAUGCUGUUUGAUAAAUUCUUCUUCACCGAUAGUUUAGAAAUGACCAUUUCCUUAGAAGUAAAUACGACAUAUAAGGUACCGCUAGGUGUCGCUACUACUGCGGCUGUCACAGGUGUAGAGUGUGUUGCAAAUGUGAUUGCGCGAACACUACCAAGCGUGUUAGAUGGUACAAAAGACUACAGUUCAGGUUUCAAGCCUGUUAAUUUUACCUUAGCAACAACUGUGGAUAGCGGAACACCUUGUGCAGCUACCCCAUUGACCAAUGUAGUGCCUUGUUUGUUGACAUCACAAGGAGAUGAUAUUUCUGGUCCAGAAAAUGGUUUAAUUGGAUCGGGCACUGCGGAUGGUUGGGUUCCACCAGUUAGAGAUGGUAAACUAGGACUUCUACGAUAUAUUCAGAUCAAUUUAGCUGGGAAAGCAAGGCUGACCCAAAUUGGAUAUGAACAUACAAAAACAGAUAAAGUUACUAAACUAAAAGUGAAAUAUAGUGAUGAUGGUCUGUCGUGGACUGAUGGAGAAGAUGUAACACUAAACGCUGGUAAUGGUAAUUUCCAAGGUUCUCUAUCAUCCGCGUAUAUUAGAUUUUAUGUUAUUGAAACAUCAGCACCAUCCGUGGAAGUAGGACUUAAAUUUUCAUUUACUGGUUGCUAUGAUACAGCGACUGUUGCAACUCCCUGUCCAACUGCUACAACAGCACCUGCAGAAUAUGCUCGUCGUACAUUUGUUGUUGAUGAUACUCAUGUGUAUGUCUGUGAUGGAAGUCUGGGAAGUGAUGGUAACGAAAUUAUCCAAAGAUGUUAUUCUUCACAAGAUGGAGACAAAUGGACAGAAAUGGACUCUAGGGUGCAUUGUAUGGUCGGGUUUCACAAUGACGUAAAAGGAGCUAAAGUUUACGCCCUCUCGUCCUCUCCGUACUAUAAUUACAUGGUGUCAGGUGACAAAGGAACGACAUGGAUGGCUGUCAAUAACGAUAGAAUGAACACAGUUAAAACUGAUCUCACCUAUACUCCUGCUGUUAAAGUACCAUGGAUCAACAACGUAAACUUGAAUAGUAUGACCCUUACUCAAGGAAGUUGGGACGCAAAAUAUGAGGGUAUGCAGUCAGGCGCUGUAACAAAAUUCAAAUGGGAUUCAUGCUGUCCCUAAUUAAAUAUAGAGAAUUCAUAUUCUCAAUGAUGUAAUCAAGAUAUUAUCAAGUUUAUUAUUGUUGAUAUUCACAUUGUAUUAUCAAUUAAGAUUUUUUUUUAUGUUUGCAUUAAUUACAUUAAU